UCACAAAUUUGAUUUUAAUGAUCCGCGUUUUAUGGGAAAUAAUUCUCGUAAAAGUGAGUCAUUUGAGAGUAAUAGUUCACAGAGGAGUUCCCAAUGUCUUAACUGUCCUUUGUGUAACUUAAAAAAUGAUGAAUCUCAACAUGACAUUGAAUUCUUGCAAGGCGUCGUCGGAUUCCUCAAAGGUCACGGUUGUUCUUCAUCUUCAUCCUCUAAAACGUUUGUUGAAACGAACGAUUCUCCGGCAUCUUGUCCUUCAGCGAGUGGUUCUAAGAUGCCAUGGAACUUAUCGGGGCCUCGAAAGGUUGAAUUGCAUCCAAUGAGUGAUGUCUACAUUGAAUCAUGCGAGUUAGAGUACCUCAAAACCAAAUACACUUAUGACUCGAAAGAAAUGUCGAGACAGAUUUUCAAGAAAGUUAUUGGGACAGACAAUCUACUAAAAAUGAGCCGCACGGGUGGAAACGGGUGGACACGGUUGCCAAAUGAUGUAUUAACUGCUGUUUACGGUUUUAUUUCAAAGAAUGCUCGGCCAAAACUGUCAGCAGCUGAAUUUGAACGGUGUGUCACCCUCAUGUUUACUUCCCUGAGACCUGGACAGCAAAAAAAGUAAAAUCAAAUAAGAAGAAAGUACUGAUUAAGCGGCUGGCU